CAAUUUUUCAAUUGGGACAUUGGAUACUGAAAACGCGCGUUCAUUUAAGUAUUAACAUGAGUAACUGUGAUGAACACAUAAAAAACCUGCGUGAACAAAUAGAUUCUCCAUGCAACAAAAUCUGUGCUGACUGCCAUCAUGCUGUAACUAAAUAUGCCUCUUUAUCUUAUGGAGUUUUUCUUUGUGAACUAUGUGGUGUUUCGCACCAAACACUGAAUGGAAACAUAAAACGGAUUUCUACAGAUGAAGAAAAUAGUCUUAUUUGGUCAGAUGAUAAUGUGUCGCGUUUGAAGAAGUUUGGAGGGAACAAAGCUAUUAACCAAAAUCUAGAAGCAUCACUACCAGUGUAUUUCCGUCGUCCAUGGCCCGGUGUUGAAUGUCCUAUUUUUUUAAGAGAGGCGUUCAUAAAAUCAAAAUACAUUCAUGAAGAGUUUACCAGCGAUGCUAUAGCAAGAGGGGCUCAAAGUCAAUUUGCGUGUUCUUUUAAGUCAGGUGUACUAUUGAAAAAGUUGCGUGACUCCACUACAUUUUGUGAGCGCUUUUUUGAACUGUCCGUUGAAGGCAAUUACUUCCGUUAUUACAUUAAACCGUCCGAUUCACAACCUAAACAAUCACUGGAUCUAGAAAGACUUAAUUUUACAUUCAUCCCAUCUAAGGAUUAUGGUCUCCCACCGCAUACUGCACUCAUUCAGUUCGUUCAAGACUGCUCAACAAGACACAUGUUUAUACGAUCCGAAGAUAGUAGAACCAUAAUCAAUUGGUACAAUGCAAUACGUUUAGGUAAGUAUCACCGUCUAUGCCUUGGUCUCAGUGGUAUGGGUGUCACACUGUCACCAGCUGAACUGAGUAAAAGGCUAACUAGAGACGUUGAUAUGGCUGGUUGGCUCUCUAAAACGGGACCACGCAAGAACGAUGCCUGGCGUCGCCGGUGGUGCAUGAUUUUGAAUCGUCAUUUCUUAUAUACCGAUAACCCAUUAAGCCCAUUCGCCAAAGGAGAGUUAUUUAUUGGUUCCAACAAAGAAGGCUACUCUGUAACAAAUACCACUCCCGAUGGUUGGAACCGUCAUAAUGGGUACCCAUUAACUAUUCACACGUCAGCACGUCCUUUCGUAUUUGUUGCUGACAAAAAAGAAGAACAGGAAAAAUGGUUAGAAAUUAUUCAAAAGAUUAUGAAUAUGCCACUGACACUUGCAGAACACAAACAGGCAGCUAUGGUGACUAAAAAGCGUACUAAUGCGUUGGACUUCCUCAAAACUUCUUAAAUUUCCCGGUGGUUCCUUGUCUAUUAUCAUAUUAAUUAAUUAGCUACCAUCAUGGAAAAUUCUCCAAGUCAAAUACAAUAUCCAAAAUAUAUUUUAUUAGCCUAUGUAAAUAACCGCAUGCAUCCUACAAAAGUUUCAAAUCCAUUUUGUUUAUGUACUGUUGUGGCCUCGUUCAAAACCUCUUGCCUUCUUCACAGAUUAUCUAUUCUGUUACGAAAGUUAUAUAUGCAUAUCAUCUCAAACAUGUAUAACAUUAAAUAACGUAGGAUUUAAAUGUCUGAAUUGUUUAUUAAAUUAAAAAAACAGUUAUUCUUCAUUUUGGCACUUGUAAAAUAGCUUAUGGGAUGGAUUUCUUAUUUGUUUUUUACAUCUUCUAUUUGCAUUUUGUGUGAUCUUAAUUCUGUUUUCAAAUUUAUUUUAUGUAACACUGCUGGUAAAUAAAUUUCUUUCCUUCAAAACCAAAA